AUGCCAUUGAUUAUGGACUUACGAAACCCGGCAAUGCGACCAAGACAUUGGGCUCAAUUGAAGACUGAGAUGAACAAACAGUUUGAUGAGAACUCAAAAGAGUUCACUUUGGAAAGAAUCGUCCAGUUGGGUUUCGAACAAUAUGCGGAUCUUGUGCAUGAAAUAUCUGGCGCAGCAUCCAAAGAAUUGGCUAUCGAGCACACUUUGGACAAUAUGGAACGCUCGUGGCAAAACAAUGAGUUGGAUAUGAUACCAUUCAAGGAGAAAAACACAUAUAAGAUACGUUCGGCAGAAGAUGUUUUCCAAGCGCUUGAAGAUAAUCAGGUACAACUCUCAACCAUGAAGGCUUCGCGCUUCGUGAAACCAUUCGAACUGUUGGUCGAUCGAUGGGAACGACUGCUGUCUCACAUUAUGGAAACGGUAGAACAAUUGCUCCAUGUACAGCGGCAGUAUUUAUAUUUGGAAACCAUCUUUCUCGGUGAGGAUAUUCGCAAACAGUUGCCCAAAGAGUCGUCCGCGUUUGACACAAUCAAUCAGGAUUGGCAGUCUAUCACUGCAUUCCUCUACGAGACAAGAAAUACCCGAGCUUGUGCCACUAAACCCGGUGAGUUGAUCAACUGUGAAACUACCAAGAGAGAGAAAUUACCAUUCACAAUUCAUAGCGAGCUGUUCUGGUCCCUUAGCGAGUUACUGAAUACAAAUGAUGUACUGUCCCAAGUUCAAUAUGAAGUUGUCUACUCUGGUAUUGUGCUAUCAUUCUGA